AUGGAAAAUACCUUUCAACGAACUGCAAUCAGUUAUGUUCCGCGGUCCUAUUCACUGGAAAUUUCCCCUACGGCAGUGGAGUCUAUGGCGCUAAUGCGGUGCUUUUCGCCAUCUUUUGGCUUUGCAGAGGCUUUGCCUGACCGAGACCUGUCAAGCUAUAGGAAGAAUCUGCCCCUGGGUGUCAACUUCUCUCCCGGUGUGCCCACGAAGACGGUGGACGAACCUUCCGACUCCGUCUCUAGUUCCUCCAGUCCUCCAGGGCUGCCGGAUGUGGAGUUUGCGCUAGACCAGACUGCCAAGCCACCCUUCUCCUACAUUGCCUUGAUUGCAAUGGCAAUCAAGAGUGCUCCAGACCGACGCAUUACCCUAAGCGGUGCGUGCUUCGCCAUUUCUUUCUAUGCAUAUUGCAUAUAUGUGGAUAGGCAUUGCAUGAUUGGUCCGCGGAAGUCUGCGGUCAAAGGGCGAGUAGCUAGAAAAAUCCACUACAGAAAGGAGUAG